AUGCUGAAUGCACGCUCCAUUGCUCUGGCCUCGCUGCCAGUCCUUCUCCUACUAUUUGCCCAGCAACUUGCCUCCCACCCAACCGAGCAGAUUCAAGCCAUUCUCGCUCCGUGGGUCCCGGCCGCACUACAAGAUGUCGUGCUCUAUAAUCGACCUCGCGUCAUAAUCCCCCAGGGCACUGUCGUCGGCACGACCUUGACAGACACGCUCAAGUCCCCUGUAGAUGCUUUCCGAGGAAUUCCAUACGCAUUGCCUCCAACUGGGGAUAGACGGUUUCGCCGUGCGGAGGCUGUCCAUGCGACGGACGAGGUUAUCGAUGCUAGUGAAUUCGGCCCAAGGUGCCCUGGAAAGCAGCUCUUGAAUCCAAAUGACAUAGGUGGUGAUGAAGACUGUCUCACAGUCAAUGUCUUCCGGCCUCAUGGCGCUCAGGGAAAACUCCCUGUCGCUGUAUACGUGCACGGCGGAGCCUACAACCGCGGCACUGCCUCCGGACACAACACGGCCUCGAUGGUCGGCUGGUCGGACGAGCCCUUCGUUGCAGUCAGCUUCAACUACCGCAUCGGCGCCCUGGGCUUCCUUCCAUCCACCCUAACCGCCAAAGAAGGAAUCCUCAACCUAGGCCUCCAUGACCAGAUCCUCCUGCUGCAAUGGGUCCAAGAAAACAUCGCACAUUUUAACGGCGACCCAACCCAAGUCACUCUAAUCGGCCUCUCCGCCGGCGCGCACUCCAUAGCCCACCACAUCAUGAACUACAACCCACCAAACACCCCCCUCUUUCACCGCGCCAUCAUUGAAUCCGGCGCCGCCACCUCCCGCGCCGUCCAUCACUACAACGCCUCCCUCCACGAAUCCCAAUUCACAGACUUCAUCACUGAAACGGGCUGCACUAACCUCCCUGACUCCGCCAUAUUGCCCUGUCUCCGCGCCCUCCCAUCCUCAGCCAUUACCACCGCCUCCAUCUCCGUCUUCGACAAAUACAACCCCUCCAUCCGCUGGGCCUUCCAGCCCGUCAUCGACCACGAGAUCAUCCACCGCCGGCCCAUCGAUGCCUGGCGCUCAGGAAAGUGGAAUAGGAUGCCUAUCCUAACGGGAUUUAACUCGAACGAGGGGACAUACUACGUCCCUCGCAACCUCUCCCUCUCCGAGGAUUUCACUUCGUUCUUCCGAACCCUCCUCCCCGCGUACCCCGAGAGCGAUAUCCAGACCAUAGAUGAGAUCUACCCCGAUCCAAAUGUAUAUGCUACGGCGUCGCCAUACCUCGAGACAAGGCCGAUCCCGAAUUUAGGAAGGCAGUUUAAGCGGCUGGAGGCGGCGUAUGGGCAUUAUGCGUAUGCGUGUCCGGUACGGCAGACGGCGGGGUUUGUUGCCAAUGAUAAUGAUGGUGACGAGCCGGUGUUUUUAUAUCGCUGGGCGUUGAAUAAAACUGUUAUUGGGGGCGCGAACCAUGGUGAUCAGAUGGAGUAUGAGACGUUUAAUCCUGCGGUUAGGGAUAUUUCGGAGGCUCAGAGGGAGGUUGCGGGGUUGUUCCAUGCGUAUGUGACUUCGUUUGUGGUGCAUGGGGAUCCGAAUAUUCUGGGGGGUAGGUAUGAGGGGAGGGAGGUUUGGAAGAGGUAUAGUGGGGAGGGAGGUGAGGUGAUGGUGUUUGGAGAGGGGAAUGAUGAACGUGCUGGGGGGGAUGGAGUUGGGGUUGCGGCGAGGUUGAAGAGGGAUGAGUGGGGGGUGAGGGAGUGUGGAUUUUGGUCGGGGAGGAGUGGGAUUUCCGAGUGA